AUGAGUGCAACCCCAGUGAAGGACCGUCUCAAGGCCAAAGCGGAAAAGAGGCAAGAUGACCAAGCGCACCAUAUUCGCUGUUGCUUGGCCAACGAAAAGAUGUGCAAGAAUCCGUUCUGGCACGCGGACUGUUGCCCGUUCAAUGAAGGCUCGCAAAAAGGAGUGGCGCCGUGCGCGCCGAUCCCAGCACCAAGGACCGUCUUCAAACCGGUGGCCACUUCUGCUCCCACUCCAGCUCCGAACCCACUUCUCACACCAACGCCGCUCCAAAAAAAUAAGAGCACCCAAUCAGAAACCAAGGACAAGGAUAUGGAGGAGGAAGUGAAAAAAAUGAGAGGACUCGUUGAGAAAAUGGAAAAGGAAGUCGAGAAGAUGACAAAGAAAAUGGGAAAACAGAAAACAUUUCAUGAGGAGUGCCAGAAAAAAUGGAACGAGGAAUGUGAGGGAUUGAAAUCUCGCGCCGCCGACCGCUCUCAAAAACUCGAAAGUCAGGUCAAAGAGAUGGCUGAUGACGUUGCCAAAAUCAAAGACAACAACAAUCUCACUUUCAUCAAUAUUAAAGACGAGCAGAAUGCUCUCAAAAAUCAGCUACUCGUCACCACUCAAGAAGUGUCCGCUGGAAAAAUGCAGAUCCAACAACAAGAGAAGGAGAAUGCUCACCUCCAUCAGCAAUUGGAAGCGGCUAAUUUGCAAGAGUCCGAGUCGGCAAAGACGAUUUCAAGGCAAUGUGAUGAAAUUCUGGAACUGAAAAAUAAGUUGGCAGCAUCCAUCAACUCAGAGGAGGGAACAAGAGAUGUUCUGAACAUGACCAAUGCCCGGCUCCAAUACAAAAUUGAUGAAAUUCAAGUGCUUCAAAAUCAACUUCGUUUAAAGACUCUGUUGGUGCAGGCAACUGAAACAGAAAGUGCAGAGGUGGAAAAACUUCAAAAGGAGAUGCAGAUGCUAAAAUUGGAGAUCCAACAUCAUCGGACGGAGACCGCAGUCCGAGGCGAUAAAACCGGUGCGAGCCUCCUCUCCAUCAGCACCACCAACGCCCGGAUCCCGCUGCAAGCUCCCAUUCGAUGGGCGCAGUCCUCCCUGGCCAAAUCUCCAAGAAGCCGACCAACCUCCGUUGGCGUUGCAAUCACCGACUCCGCCGAGCCGUGGAACCAGCCGCCACCGUCUAUUCUUGCAUUGAGCUCAAUGACAGGAGGCGGUUUGGAGUCCUCUGGCUCGGCCUCUCUCGACCUGCACCAACUCUCCACUUCAACCGCCUACUCCACAAGUAUCAGGAUCCAACAACCAUUCACUAUGUUCUCAUCUUUGCUGAGCCACUCGGAGGCCACUCGCUCGACUCUUCUCGUCCCUUCACAGUUUCCCGCAUCAACUGUCCAUUCAUCCUCUUUCUCCAAUGCCACACAACUUAACCAGCCACCAGCGUAUCAUUCUUCCAACUUGGAUGAAUGCGCAAUGUGUGGCAGUCCGAUGACGUCGGAUCUGAAGUCAAUCCGAUGCGGAACGUGCUUCAAUUUGUUCCAUGAGAUCUGUUCCGUAGUCUACAAGGAGCAAAUCGGAAUAACCUGCGAAGGAUGUAAGCGAUUGUUUAUGUGA